UCUGUAUUUCCUAGUAAUGGUGAUAAUCUCUUAAAUUUCAAAGUACAAUUUCCCUGGUACAAUGAGCACUAUAGAUUACUAUCAAGCUUGGCUGCGCAUCAAAGAAGACUUGCAAAAGUGUGUAGCAGACGAUGAACAAAUCCAGACGUUCGCAAACACUUAUGUUGGAGUUAAACCACAAUCAACAGCAGUAGAACUUCUUGCUAGGCUUUACGGCAAGUCUUGCGAACUUUAUAAUAAACUGUGCGAUAUCUACGACCAGACAUUACAGCCCCAAAGAUCAGAAUACUUGAAAAAAUUUAUAGACGCACUAACAUGCCGCAUAAUAGAGUAUAAAUCUAUGUUAGAAGAAGUGGAAUGUUUGGAAUAUACAUAUGCGGACAAUGCUUUACAACAAAUGCUUAUGGUACCUGAUAAUAUUGAAAUUAUGUGUCCCUUUUUUUAUCCAUUUGAAAUUAGAAGCGCAGAGCUACAGUACGUAGUAGAUGAAAUAUUAGCUGGUAAUCGUCUUGGUGAUCCCGAGCCAACACCUUCAGAGCUAGAGCGUCGCAAAGAAGAAGAGUUGGAAAUGUUAAGGAUCAAAGAGGAAGAGAAAGAGGCAGAAAUAAAGAGAAAAUUGGCAAUGGGUGAAGAUAUUCCAGAAUCGAUAGCUUCAGUCAAAUACACAGCUGCAGAAUUGGCAGAAAUGAGCCGUCUAGCUGAAUUUAAUGCACAUAUAAUGAAUUUGCAACGUAUGAUAAGAACGCGUAAGGUUAUUCAAGAGAAUACUCAAAAAAAAAACAAAGAUUUCAUGCAGUACCUACUACUGGCUGGGCUUGCGACGCCAGAAGCUAACGAUCAUUUGAAACAGAGAGCCGCAGCAGUAAUUAAACAGUCAUAUCGACAAUUCAUGAAACUGAAGCGUGAUCACCUUAGAGACUACCACUUAAGAGCGAAGCUUGGAAUGAUAAUGACUUCGUGGGCACCUCCAUCUCAAAAAAUUCAACUAGAAAAAGUCAAAGAAAAAAGGCGAGAGUACAGGCGUGAAUACUUUAAAAACUGGCUAGAAGCGCAUGUUAAGGAAAAAUCACGAAUAUUUAGGUUACGGCAACACGAUAUUAUGGAGGACAUAUCUGAUGAAAUUAGAGCUUGGAUGCUUGAGUGGUACAAAGGUGCUCGUGCUUUCGAUGAAUAUCCUUGGCCACUUGAGGGGGGGUCCAUUUUAAUAGUGAGAGGAGAAACUUUCACUGUAGAAGAAUAUUUAGUUUGGGUGGAGGUGGAACAAAAAAGGCAAAAGCUACUCGAACAGAAUCCAAAAACUCCUGAAGAUAUAAAAGCUGAAAAGAAAGCAGCAAAAGAAGAAAAAAGAAAGGCAGCAGCAGAUGCAAAGGCAAGAGAGGAUAAACGUAUUAUGGCUUACAAAAAGAUGCGCCCGAAUCCUGAAACUGACCCAGGUAUUUACUACAGAAUUGGAAAGGCAUCGGACCCACUUCAAGAAUCUUGGAAAUUGUACAAUAAUACAUGGCAAGAUAUUGAUUCACGUUACGCGCCUUUAGAUGCUAUCAAGGGCCAUAUUAUGCGGCUUAUAACGGAAAAUGUACAACAGGAAAUUCAGUAUGAAUUGCGACCAAUCGUUGAUGAAAUGAUGAUGAUGGAGUUAAGCAAAUUACGAGCUGCUCUCAAGUGUGAUCUUGAUUUAAUAGGCGAAAAAAUGCCGUUAGUAAGAAAAAGAAAGAAGCCUAAAAAACCAAAAAAGGUUAAACCAGAAAAAAGUACGCCAGAGGAACUAUUUCAAAAGUUGGUAGAUGCAGGGAUUGUAAUAAAAUAUCCCAAAGUGACCCUCAAAGAAUACUGGGGAGAUCAAAACUAUGCAGCCGCUGUUACAAGGGCAAUAAUGUAUACGCCAAGGUUUUCCCCGCCUUGCAUUGGCGAUGUACAACAACUUGUAAGGGUUCGUUGUCUGCUGACAAUAGGGUCUGAGUGUCAAGGUGUACCUAGAGCACAUUUAUUAGCCGGCCCUAAAUAUUCCGGUAAAAAAACUCUAAUAUACGCUGUCGCUACAGAAACAAACUCCAUCUUAAUGGACCUUUCACCCAUGAAUGUUUACAACAAAUUUCCAGGGCCCAAGGGUAUGAAGCAAAUGUUUGCAUUAGUAAACAAAGUCGCUCGAUUAAUGCAACCCACUAUUAUCAUGGUGGAUAACGCUGAUAAACUUUUUUACAAGAAAGUUCCCAAAGAAGAAAAAAUGUUUGAUCCAACACGACUUUCAAGCGAUUUCUUUAAAGAAAUAAUAAAACCUAUUAAACCUCCGGAUAAACUAUUAAUUAUAGGCACAGCAACGGAGCCGUGGAACGCCAAAAAUGGCCCUAUGUCCAAAGUUUUCCCGAAUGUAAUAUUACUUCCAAAUACAGAUUACGGAAGCCUGGUGUAUAUUUUACAAAAACUUGUUAUGAAGUAUCAUGGAGUGAAUCGAGACUUCAACGUGCACAGUUUAGCUCAGACGUUGCGGGGGUAUGAUAUCAAGUCUAUAAAGCAGGGUGUAGCGACAGUUUUAAAUAGUAGCAGAAUCGCGCAGUUAGGUUUUAAGCCCCUGAAUCCUAUGGAAAUUAUUGAUGCUGUUCUAAAUGAUAACGAUGCUAUAUGUACAGAGCCGUUUGACUACGAAUUUUUCAAUACCUGGUACAAAUCUUACUCAAAGUUCGGAUCAAUAUUCAAUGAAUAUAUUGAGUUGCUGGCGGUACAACUAGAAAUGAAAUUGAAGUUAGACGAAAAGAACAAAAAGAAAAAAAAGAAAUAAAAA